CCAGUUUAUCACGAGCAGUUGCCGCCAUGUCACGCGCAUUGCCAGUAGACCAAGCCUACGACCAGGCAGCGUUUCCCACGACAUCCAGCGAAGAACUGCGGUCGGCCUCGGAGCAUCCCACCAACCGACCCUGCGUUCUGUUACCGCAAUCUGUCCGCGUUAAAUUGGAGCCCGCCAUGGCGCCCAGGGAACGCACCUUCAUCAUGGUCAAGCCGGACGGCGUCCAGCGAGGCCUCGUCGGCGAGAUCAUCGCGCGCUUCGAGAACCGCGGCUACAAGCUGGUCGCGCUCAAGUUCAUGAUGGCCGGCGAUGCGUUGCUCAAGGAACACUACGACGAUCUCGCCGGUAAGCCUUUCUUCAACGGCCUGAUCAAGUUCAUGCAGACCGGUCCAUGUGUGCCCAUGGUGUGGGAAGGCGCGAACGCCAUCCUCACCGGUCGGGACAUGAUCGGCGCCACCAACCCGCUCCAGGCCAAGCUGGGCACGGUGCGCGGCGACUACUGCAUCCAGGUGGGACGCAACUUGAUCCACGGAAGCGACAGCGUCGAGAGCGCCAAGAAGGAGAUCGCGCUGUGGUUCAAGGAGAGCGAGCUGGUCGACUGGAAGCCCCAGAUGGAGUCGUUGUUGUACGAGUGACCAUGAAGAUGAACUGGCCGGUGUUGUUUGCCCCCUUGGCGAGAUACUGUGCUGUUUUAUCUGGCCGCAGCGAGAGUACGUUGCUCUGCAGAAUAAAGGUUGUUUGGCUUCACAGUGG